GACAGACAGUCAGUCAGGGACUCUGAGAUUCAGCGAUUCAGCGAUGAUGCAGAGAUGCAGUGAGUAAGUGAGUGAAUGAGUGAGUCGAGAGGGAUACGAUCAUCGAAGGAAUGGCCUUGAUGCCCGACCUUGAUGGCCAGGCCCCAUCCAGGUCAGAUUGAGAAUUGCAGUCAGCCUGACCUUUGACCUCGGUGGACCGGGAUUCGAAUUCUCAGGCUGGACCUCGAGGACACGUGGCUCCAGAUUGUGGGCCCACGGUUAGCCUGGCCCCGAGCUCUUCCGCCCCCCCAUCGCCCCCUUCCUUAUCGGGUUUCUCCAUAGCACGGCUGACCCGUGGAUUGAGCCGUGAUUGGGCUCGGAUUUCGAUUCCCCCUGUGGCCACCCCACCCACCACCCAGAUGAAGUUUGGCUGGCCCAAGUCGUCCCCCUCGACCGCCCCUCCCCGUCAACCCAGUCCCGCCCCCCGCCCCACCUCGGCCCCCGUAGACUGGGCCGGGACUGCCACGCCCACCCAUCCACGCCGGGCCAAGUUUGAAGCCGAUCGUCGGAAAGAAGAGCAACCUCGACGCAAGAAGGCCCUGCCGCCCUUCCGGACCCGCCUGGACCUGGCCCGGGCCCAUUCGGGCCUAGCCGGAUCGUCCCGUCCCUCGGCCUCGCCUGGGGCUGACGGGCUUUUACCCAUGCCGGAUAGCCCGCCGGUGCGAGGCCGCCGGCCCGCUCGAUUUUCGCUCAGGCGGCUGUUCGACGGCCAUCCACUGCUCCCGCCUCCUUGGGGCCAGCCCUUAACCUCGGCUUGGCCCUCGCGCUCCCGCCGCCCGGCCCACCCUCAUCGCAAUGGGGCGGGGCUGGAAGAGGGUGGCUCGCGCACCAACGCCACCACGCCCUCGUCCACGCGAUCUCGGCCUUUUUUCCCGCCCGAUUCCACCUCCGAGCGAUCCGUCACCCACCCGUCCUCGGCCUCGUCCGCCGGAAUGAAUGGUCGCGAUUGGCGAGGCGACAGCCACGCCCCUUAUCCCAGCUCAUCCUGCGCUUCCAGCUUAGCGGGCGGGUCGGCCGGACCCUCGUCCGCCCAUUAUCCGGCCUCCUUCGUGGGAGCCGAUGGACGCGCGAUGCGCGAGUGCUCCCUGUGCUUGGUCAGUUUACCUUUGACCGAGUUUCCUAGUCUCCGGAAUUGCCAUCAUCUGUUCUGUUUCGAUUGUCUACAAAUCUACGUCAAGAUUGAGCUCCAAGAGGGUCGAGUCAACGUCCGGUGUCCGCAAUGUGUGGAACCGCUUCAUCCCAAUGACAUCGAGCUUUUCAUCGGUGAUCGGAACAGUAAUCUCCAGCAUUUAUACGAGUUCCUGAUGCUGCGCCGCAUUUUGGCCACGGACCCGGACACGCGAUGGUGUCCGGGGCCGAAUUGCACCUUCGCCGUGAUUGCGGCAGGCUGUGCUUCCUGUCCAAAGAUCACGUGCGAACGACCCGGAUGUGGAUUCAGUUUCUGCUACCAUUGCAAGGCCGAAUGGCAUCCCAAUCAGACUUGUGAUAUGGCCAGAGCCCAAAGGCAGGGUGGCCACGCCCAGCCGGGAUCGCUCAUGAUGAGCAUGAUGAACGCCUCCACGGUCUCAUUUAGCGGGCAAGCCGACUCGCGAGGCCCUCAAAACCCCUCGGAAGUCAAGGUCUGCCCGCGGUGUGAUGUUCUGAUCGUGAAAAUGGACGACGGCUCGUGCAAUCACAUGACGUGCUCGGUGUGCGGGGUCGAGUUUUGCUGGCUGUGCAUGAAGGAGAUCAGCGACCUGCAUUAUCUCUCGCCCUCGGGCUGCACCUUUUGGGGCAAGAAGCCCUGGUCACGGAAGAAGAAGCUCCUCUGGCAGCUCGGUACCCUGGUGGGCGCCCCCGUGGGCAUCGCGCUCCUAGCGGGCAUCUCCAUCCCGGCCAUGAUCAUCGGAAUCCCGGUGUGGGUGGGCCGAAAGCUCUACGCCCAGUACAACAAGGCCCCUAUCCACAAACGGAACCUGAUCAUCGCCAGCGGCGUCAGCGCCUCCGUGAUCGUGUCCCCUGUGAUCGCCGCCUUGGCCGUGAGCAUCGGCGUGCCCAUCUUGUUAGCUUACGUGUAUGGGGUCGUGCCCAUCUCGCUGUGUCGCUCUGAAGGCUGCGGAGUGUCCACCAGUUCCAAUGGCGUCUCCAUUGACGUGGACGAGGAACUCAACCCCGAUACCGACCUGAGUCACAUGCCUUUUAGACCCAUGGUGAUGGAUAACUAUUCAACAGCCACGGGCCCGAGUGCCAACUGGAACCCAUCCAUAGGGGAAAUGAGUCUGGGUCGGAGUAUGUCCAUGGGAUCGACCUCACAUUUGGACCACGAGGCCGAUCGGGAGUCGGCCUCAAACACGGCCGUGGCCGGCACCUCGAGGACCGUGUCCUUGGCCUCGUCCUCGGUCUUGAUGGGCGGAGUCACGUCCAUUCGGGGCGUGUCCUUCACUUGCCAAAGAGGGGGAAGUGGAGGCGCCAGCGGCGACAAAGCCAACAAUCAUCACCACCACCAUCACCACCAACAUCACCAACAUCACCACCAUCAUUAUCCCCGUAGUUCGCAGGGCCGAGGCGGUCUUGAAGUGGGCUCGGAUUGUCAGGGUGGAGCCCGAAAGAAAUACUCGGGCGCCUCCAGCUCCACGGAGGGCUUGUCAGAAACCGCCUCGCUGACGGACCCCAAUCAAGAUGGAGCCAGCACUCGAGCCCUGGCCGGAUCCAUUCUGGCCUAUAAGACCGACACCCAAUCAGUGAACAGUUUCCGCACUGGAGGCGAUCCCUCGGAUAUCUUGCCCGCAUCUGGUGAUGAAAUCUCACUCCGCUCUCUGCCCCUGGGGUCGGUGCCUUCGCAAUUGCCCCGAUCCCUCUCGCCCACGGCCAGUUGCCGAUCCAGUGGGCACGAGGACAUCGUCCGCCGAUCCGGACGCCGACGAACCAAUAGCAAUGUGCCCCAUCUGGAACGGCAACUGAGCGAGGAUGCGGAGGAUACGGAGGCCGCGGCUCUGGCGCUCACUGGGAACGAUCGCGUGCGAUUCGAUGAUAACGUCAGCUUCAUAGAUGAGACGGGCAGCUGUACAUUGAUGGUGAAUGCCCCACCCACUUGCAUUGAGGAGGGCUUAUCGGCUGGGGUGAAGACCGGAAACAAUAAGGGCUUAAAAAGUGACAAGCCAUGCCCGUCCAACUCGUCCUCAACCCCAUCGACCACCACGAGUGUGAGUAUCGUCUCCGGAUCCUCCAACUUGAACGGCCCCACCCCCAUCCCACUAAGAGAAGAGACCCCCGAGGAACUGGCGGGGAUGAUCUCGCCGGAAAUCCAACGGCAUUAUCCAGCGUCCUGGUCAACGAGAGUCAAUCCCUCGCCUUGCCCCGACCUCAUUGUAUCCUCCUCCUUGAACAUGUCCUCGAACUUGGAGGAGAAAGAGCUGGAGGAGCGCCAGAGUGCAGAUCGAAACGUGACUCGCCUCCAAAUUGGCGAGGAAACCGACCAAUAGAUCAAUUCGCGUGUGUGGAAAUCAGUUCGAAGCGUCUCCAAUUCGAUCCAGC